AUGGAACAGAACACUAACCAAGAAACACCGAAACCGCGGGGCCUCGAUCGCAUCGAGGCUCACUGGCCCAUGCCCACGAUACAAAACAUUGUGGCAACAGUUAACCUCGAGUGCAGGCUGGACCUCAACCUGAUCUCUCAGCAGGCGCGCAACGUCGAGUACAACCAGAAAAAGUUCCACGCCGUCAUCAUGCGCAUCCGCGAGCCGCGCACCACCACGCUGGUCUUUGGCUCGGGCAAGCUGGUCAUCACGGGCGCCAAGUCGGUGGAGCUGGCACGCCUGGCCGCGCGCAAGCACGCCCGCCUGAUCCAGAAGCUAGGCUUCAACACAAAGUUCAAAGACUUCAAGGUGCAGAACUUUGUCGGCUCGUGCGGCUGCAACUUCUACAUCCGGCUCGAGGGCCUGGUGGCCGAGUGGGGGUCCAAGGGCUUCGCCAGGUACGAGCCCGAGCUCUUCCCCGGCCUGGUCUUCCAAAUCUUCAAGACCGACGCCAAGGUCACGUGUCUUGUCUUCUUCAACGGGAAAGUCGUCCUGACCGGCGCCAAGACCGCUGACCAGGUCUACGAGGCCUUUGCAGACCUCUACCCGCUACUGCUCAAAUACAAGUUCGACGCCCCGCCGACACAACUGAAGGCGGCAGCGAAGAAGUCAACACGGAGAAGGCAAAGAAAAUAA